CUCGCGGACACCGAAGAGGAUUCCAAGCUUCCUCAGCAAAUGAAUCAGUGUUCUCAUCAAAUCGGAGUUGCAACAUGGACCGACACCACUAUGAGACUUUUGAGAAGUUUGGCAACAACACUGUUCUGUUGCACCUUGACAACGGCAGAGCGCAAAUUUGGGCGUCACUCCAAAGAUGAGCCUUCCAUCCUCGCUCCACUAGAACAGUGCUGCAGGAUCCGUCAGACCACGUGGCUUCGCCUGCGUCUCCUGUCUCUGCCUCAGUAUCGUCUCAGUGAUGUCAUGCGGGCCUCGCUCUCCCAGGAUCCCCUGCACCGAGCGGCCCCGCUGCUGUCAGAGCCCCACCUCGCUGCUCUCGAUCGGCGUCUGCAGACCGUGCUGGAGACCGUGAGUCAUUGCCAAAAGCAACAGAGCGGGGACGGUGGUGGUGAUGGGGUCAUUUUGGACGACACCCCCCCAUUGAAAGACUUGGUCACUCCUGCAGGGUAGAGGAUGUUGAUGUUCGUCACACAAGCACACGCAACAUGUCAGCAGUUAAAUUAACAUUGCAGUAAAAGUCGCAAGGACUGAAAUGGUUUCUUUUCAUAUUUUCUGUAGCAGGUUGAAUAAAUGAGAAAAAACAGAGUUAUUAGUUUUAUUAAA